AUUCGGCAGUACAAGUGGAAUACUCUUUAUGUAAACUUGUAUUUCACUGACUAGAAAAUGUUGAAAACGGGAAUUUUCUACAACAAAGGCAAUCUCUUUCAAUAUAUUGCAACAAUAGCAGGAGCAUUCUCAAUCAUGAGUUCUGGAAUAAACCUUGGUUGGACUUCACCUUAUUUACCAAUACUCACUUCAAACACCUCUACAAUUCCCACAACCAGCGACGAAGGAUCCUGGUGUGCAAUCGCACCCUUGUUAGGCUCUCCAGUGGGAGCAUUGAUAUCAGCCUUCCUAGCAGAUAGGAUCGGAAGAAAAUUCACCACCCUUCUAUUGGCACCCAUAGUAUUCCUUUGUUUCGUGCUGCUAGCGUUCGCCAGUUCGAUCUGGGAGAUCAGUGCUCUGAGAUUCAUCAUCGGUGCAACAGAAGGUGCCUCUUACACAGCUCUGCCGAUGUAUAUAGGUGAGAUAUCCGAUCCUGAAAUAAGGGGUUUCCUGACAGCCACCAUCGCCAUAUUCGCUAUAACAGGGACUCUUUUCAUCAACGUAAUUGGUUCACUGACGGACAUAUUCACAUCCAGCAUCAUCUGCUCCGCGAUACCGGUGAUUCACUUCAUAGUGUUUGCUGCCAUGCCAGAGUCACCCUACUACUACAUCAAGAAGAAAAAUAACGAAGAUGCGCGAGUAUCUUUGGAAAUUCUCAGAGGAACCACUGAUAUAGCUAACGAGAUGCUGAGUCUCCAGAAGGCUGUCACUAGGCAAGAAAGAUCAGAAAGAACUGGUUUCUUGGAUCUUGUUACCGUGCCCAGUAUUCGCAGAGCUUGCUUCAUUUUCCUCAUACUCUGUUUGACGAACAAGUUCAGUGGCAAGAAUCCUUGUCUUUUUUACACCGAGACCAUUUUCAAGGAAAGCGGUAGUAAAAUCAAUCCUACAUUAUCUGUGAUAAUAUAUUGUAGUAUGGAGUUGAUAGCAGUGACUGCCACCACUUUGUUCAUAGUUGAUAGAUUCGGAAAGCGAAAACUGAUGAUCACUUCUGCAGCUGGAUGUGGUAUAUCUGUCUUCUUGUUAGCUCUUCACUUCUACUUGAAAGAUUACCAUUUGGGUAUUGUUGAGGAUUUAGACUGGCUGCCAAUUACAGCAUUGGUUUCCUACAACAUCCUCUUCAGUAUUGGAUUGGCUUUUGGUCCAGUUAGUGUACUGAGUGAACUGUUUCCUACCAGUGUCAAGGCAAAGGCUCUAGGUGUAGCAGAUACUUUCUCUGUUCUCAUGGGCGCUGUAGUAUCUAAACUCUUCCAGAUAGCUAUGGACGAGUUUGAGACGAUGAGUAUUCCUUUCUUUUUUUUCGCUUUUUGUUGUGGCCUAGGCCUCAUAUUCAUUGUAAAAUAUGUGCCAGAAACCAAGGGCAAAACUUUGGAAGAGAUCCAACAUUUCCUAAUAGGAGACGAGAAAUAAAUAUUGCUAGAGUCACCAACUGAAUGUUGCCCAUCUUAGCAGUGAUUGACCCACUUGUCCAAUACAGUGCCAUAACUUGAGCUACAAGAUGAUUGAUGUUUACAGUAAUAGGAAUACCUACAUUGAGCUUCUCAGUACGAUGAAUCAAUACUGUAAGUUUCAUUUUCUACAAAAAAUAUUGUUUGUUUUAAUAUGUGAGAUACAUAUUUUUAUGUCACCCAUUCAAUAGAAUACUGUUAGUACCUAAAUAAUUAUUAUGUGCAAUAC